GCUGCAGUAUUGGAUCAGCAUCCGCGCACGAACCAUCGCCAGUUCCGUCGACCGACUAUUAUAAUAAUAUAACAUAUAACUGUUUCUAUUAUUAUUAUUCCAUAUUCACCUACUCGCCGUGAAUUAUUUUACAUAUUAAUAUAACAUCGUAACAUAUUAAAAUGCAGACCACUCAACGACUUUCGGUCAGCGUGCUCAUGGUUUUAUUACUUCUGGUCAUCGGUUGCCUUUGCAGACCGCAGGAAGCCGGCAAAGGCAAACCGUCAAAAGACGGAGGAGCCAAACCUCUGGAGACCUCCACCGGACCGACGACUCUUUCCAACAACCGGAUGAGCAGACUUCAAAAGCCCACACAAGUGUUGAACACAGGCUUCGACGAGAUCGUCGUCGAAUCAAAUUUGCAAGUGCACAACCGAGUUGGAUCCAAAAACAAAUCAAAGAUUAUGUUGCCUUCCAACUCGACGGCCGCGGCUACAUCGAUGCAGACCAACAAAUCGGCCAGAUCGUUGAUGGUCUAACGCGUGCGACGGUGCAGUUAUCACUGAAACCAAGAGAUGUAUAAUGUCAUACCUAAUAUACCUUUACCUGUCUUACUAUGAUCUACCAUAAGCCACGCACAAUGUUUUAAUCCUGACAAUAUAAUUAUUAUUUGUAUUCAAACCACGCAGCGUUUCGAUCUACGUUACGUUCGACAAAUAAUGCAACGAACAUGUUUGUAAUAUGAAAAAUAAAUUUAAUAUAAUAUUUAUUUAUUUAUGAAUUUAAUACAAACUCAUUAUACGAACAAAAGUUACGUAAUGUAGAGUUUUAACUAUGCGUAAAGAGGUAUACCUCAGCAACUAUUGACUUGUACUUAAAUGAUUGCUCAUUAAAUUUAAAAUUUAAAAAUUUAAAAAAUUUAGCUAUGUGGAACUUGGAACAUAAAAUUUCUUCUUGCGUAAAAAUUUUUGUACAGAUUUCCAUGAAGCUAUUUAUUUUCUCACAAAUAUACAUAUAGUAUUAUAUAGAGUAUUAUAAAGGUAAAGAUAACGCUAACGAAACUAAAAAAGUUUCUGAAUUACGAUUGUAUAAUAUCAUUGAAACAAUAUUCAAAUAUUUUGAAUGAAAAUUCUUGAUUAUAAUAUUAUAUAUGUAUGUACAGGAAUAUUAUAGUUACCUAAUCUGGAUUAUAACUAUAUGAAUGUGUAACUUAAGUAUUGAUUCUUUUGUGUUUGUGUAAUAAGAAUAAAAUGUAAUACAUAAUAAGCCGAGACUUAAGAAACUUUUAGUUUUUCGACACUUUUUUACAUCGUAUGUGCAUCUUUUUUUAAGCCAUUUAAUACAAUGUUAAUUCAAAUUACA